GGAAACAGUAGGAAAGGAGUUAAGGAGCUCUUCAGCAGCUGAAGUAUACCUUGAGAAACUUUGAGACUCAACCCUUCAGUGUGUAACACACUUCGCGCGCACUGCACUACUCCUACAGUCAGUGUAUGCGAGUGUCGAGCAGGCUCUCCCACGGUCACUCUGCGCUUAGAAGAAGGACUUUACUCACCGUCCCGUCGCAGACUCGUAUUUGUUUGUCACUAACUCGUAUUAAACUCACGUCUUAGGAAUGCCAUGGCUACUCAUAAUAACCAGGAUUACUUUCGGUCGGUCAGCAGCGAGUCCACCACAUACAUGAUGGUUCCUGCGAACGGCCGCGUUCGAGAGUCGCCUUCAAAGUUAUGGAUCGCAAUGGUCGUGAUCGUGGUGGUCGUGCUGCAGAUCGCCUCAACCACCGGGCUUUUUGUCUACUUAAACAUGUCUUUAUCGCAUGUUAAGAAUCAGGGGGUCACAGAAGAGCUGCGGUGCCUGGGUUUGCUCAACGCUCUUGAUAAAGACAGGGACAUUCCUGAAGACCUGGCUCAACUGUUCGGAGAGCCCUGCAUCAAACUAGCUGAGGGGAUCAAGGCCUAUAUCUCCAAGGUUACGGACAGCAUCAUCUCCAAACAAGCUUUACACGAGGCGAGAGCCAUGCCGCAUGCAUACAAUACAUCAGGGUCAAAAUUCAUGACCACUGUGACGCAACGACCAUCAGCCCACCUGACUCUCAGCAGUCUCCCAGGUGGUGCUCAGUAUUCCACCCCUCAGCCGGAUCUUCACCAGUCCUGCCGCCACCCAGUACGUUCCUGGGCCAAUCAGAGCUUCGGUGCCCAUCUUCACAACAUGACGCUGACCAACGGGCGCCUUCGCGUACCCCAGGACGGCCGCUACUACCUUUACUCCCAGGUGUACUUCCGCUACCCCUCUCCCACCGACGGAGAUCACAGCGUCAGCCACCAGCUAGUCCAGUGUAUCUAUAAGAAAACGUCCUACCUGCGGCCCAUUCAGCUUCUGAAAGGAGUAGGGACCAAAUGUUGGGCGCCCGAGGCCGAAUACGCCCUUCAUUCGGUGUACCAGGGAGGCCUGUUUGAGCUGCGAGCGGGCGAUGAGGUUUUCGUCUCUGUCUCUUCCCCCACAAUGGUGUACGGCGAGGACUCUUCUAGCUACUUUGGAGCUUUCCGGCUGGAUUUAUAAGGAAUUACAGCGGGAGUACAUUACCCAGAAUGCACUGGGUGGGUCGCAACCCAAAGAAAAAGACAAAUCAUUUCAUUGGUUAAUUUUCCUUUCUAUUGAAUAUGUGAAGGAUGUAUGAACGAGUGACAUUCGGACACUUCGGUUACUUCUUUUUUAAAGACAGAGGAAUGUAUAUAUAUAAUGUGUAUGUGUAAUCACAUCAAAGAUGUGAAUCGUGGAAACGGUAGCAAAAACAAACAAGAGGAAAGCACAGAGCAACAUGAACAAAUCUGUGCCAAUGGUGUAUAUGUUUAGCGUGAGAACUCCAGUCUCUCUCUCGUCGGCCGUAGGGGAAUGUUUCCGUGUACAGCAGAUUUUUAAAAAUAGAGAACGAUGACAGCGGGAAUGCGGAGGAAAGAAUGAGGAGAUGGGAAGUAUGUGGCUCUACCAGCCUCAAAUGAGCAUCCUGGCAGGUUGCAGAACUGUGGAAUUCCUGUCCAGUCGAACCAGUGGAGCGGCAUGCCCUCAAAAAGACUCAAAACAUGCACACAAACACAGGAGAAUUCCCCAUUGUGCAUAUACAACAACAUCUACACACAUUCCCAUUUCUGCUUUCCACACAUGCAACUCGCAUAUAAGAUAAAGCAGACUUCAGAUAAAUGAGAGACGCGCAUAUGUUUAGUCUCCAGUUAGGAUGCGAAUCACGUAACAGACGUUGUCCAAUUUUCUUUCACUUUAACAAGACGCAGACACACCUGCACACACACAAACUCAGUCUCCCUCUGCUGACCGGUCAAGGGUGCCGGAGGAAAUAUUGUUAGGGAGGGAAAGGUUAAAUAAACACAACACCACGCCCACAGUCAUACAAUGCCUUGUUUUUGCCUUAUUGCACACACAGAUAAACACACAAGCACAGACACACCUCCUCAGUGCCCUGGAAAUACACUACAUACGCUUUCUCUCUGGUUGGUUCAACCGGUGUAUAUAUUGUAUUUAAUUGUGAGGUUUGGAAAUGAAUGUAUAAGCGUAGUAAUGCUGGCUUUUCUUCUUAGGUUUUAUAAAUCAAACACUCUGAGCCUGGUAAUGUAAAUUUACAAACUGCUUUACAAACCGAUGUCAUCUAUCUGAAACCAGCACUGAGACAAAUGAUAAAAGGCCAGAUUUUCUGAGAAAACGUGUUUGUUUCGAGAAGAGGAGAGGGUGGGGUAAUCAUUUUCCACUGUCAAAAAAUCGGCUUUUCUUCACUCUGAACCCCAGUUUCUCUGAUAAAAUCGGAGAGCUAAAGACCGCUGCCAAAACAAUGUCUUCUUAAAUCACAUUAUACAGAAUACAGCGCCGAUUUAUAGGUUUUGGGGCAUUUAGCUCUCGACAUAAUGUUAGUUACUUCAUUCUUCAACGCUAUCUGUGAUUUGUUUGGUACUUGGAACUAGAUUUAAUCCGAAUGGGAAAGGUGUGAAGUUUCCCUUUUUUGCAAGUACUUUUUUUCAUGUAACUUUGAACACUAUAUGUUGUCAAAUAGACUGCCACCAAAUUCCUUCAAAUAAGAUGUGCAAUGUUUUUAAUGAUGUUUUUCCUAUUAGGGAAUGUGAUGUCGGAUACCACUAGGUUUGCUUUUCUAUAUGUAUAGUAAUACCUUAGGACUGUUAUGAAAGCAUCCACAGUUUCUUUUUACAUUCUCAUCAGCCCUUUAAAAGGAAAUGAUACCUGAAUUAAGAGUUAAAGCCAUACAUAGCCACUACAUAAUGCAGAGAUCCCAAGAGUCGAACAGUUACGAACACACGAGAAGUCCAAAUAAUCCGAGCACUUCACGCUAAGCCGGCCGAUUAGCUCCGUCAGUUCCUCCAGGCUGUCCGAGGUCCGGGUAUGCGAGUGUGUACGUGUUGAAAUACGUACUCCACAACAUGAAGGUCGUGGUGGGGUGAGGGGUUGGCAGGAAAGAGAAAUAUGGCUAAAUUCCAAUGGAUCUAGAUAGAUUACAGGGGGUCUUACCCGCUAAACCGCACCAAAGCAGCACAACAGGGAGGAUGAAUGCAUUUAAGGUGCGUUUUCUUAAUGAAUUGCCUGAAGCGUUUGAUCUAAUGGUUUGCAUGCCCACUUUAAAUAAACUCUCACCGAGCUCUGCUGAGACUUAACAGGACUGCUGUGAAAAACUUAAGGGGGGGUUGAACAUAUCGAAAUCCAGUGAGCAACAUGAACUGUCAGUCCAAACAAAAAGACUAUUGUUUUUCCUUUUCCAGCGAGAGCCAUUAUACGUAUUUUUUUAUACUUGUUACGUUCUCUGUUCACCAAUCUGUGGGUUUUCUAAAAUGUUCCUUUUAAUGUUAUACACUGUUUACAAACGUCGUGCCUCCUUCUUGGUAAGAAUGUACGGACAUCUCUCUUUUUUUUUAAGUAGGUUUUUUACAGCGUCUGUGUCCUUAAAACAUGUUUGAGGUAUCACUUCCGAAAAUUAAAGUGCCUUUUUUGAGUCAUGAA